GGUAUUCGAUCAUUUAUUUCCGAUCGAACCUUCGUCGAUGGGCUCGCCAAGAGUCCUCCGGUGGAUCGUACGGUGACAAAAUUGACGGGAGGAUUUUUUUUCUUUUUUUUUUUUUGCGCAAUUUUUUCUACGCCGUUCCGGGCAUACUUCCAAAGCGGCUGGUCAUCGUUGCGGAGACAUGGAGCGCGCAUUCCCUAGGGGUUUGAGUUACGCCAGCUACCGUGGACAUCAAAUAUGUCUGCUGUACGUCUGCAGCUUAUGAAGUGGAGCCUCCCGGCACUGGCACUAGUCCUGGGCCUGCUCUGGUACAAGAAACGACGAAUCGACCGAGCUGACCCAGGUGGACUAGGCACACUGGACCGCACAGCCAAGAAGACCCCGAGUCCGAACCUCUGCGACUCGGGGAUCAACUCAGACGACUCGUUUGGCUCUAACGUCUCGGAACGUCCAUCCAGCGAGGCAGCCUGCACACCGAGGCGAGUCAGUGAAAGCCUGGACAUUCCUACAAGGAAGUCCUUGUCGAGGUCGGUCUCCGUACGGUCGACUAAUUCAUCCGAGGGUAGCAAACCCUGGUACGACGAGGUGGAGGCAGUACCGGAGAUGAGGGAGAUUCAGUUGGGCAGCAACCCCCGAUCGACCGGCCUGGAGAUGAUGUCCAGGAGCAGAAUUGUUCCCUUCGAGACGGUCAGUGAGAUCAAGGAAGUGGAGAAGCCGAUAGCGACCGUGGACCUCGAGCAGUCGGUUCCUGUACCGGCCGUACCAUCCGAAGAACCUGCGCCAGAAUGUACCGGUGAUCCGCUUGUCACCGAGAAGGAGGAGAAGGAAGAUACCACCAAUGAAGACCAAUCCGAGAACGAAUCCAAGAGUCAAGCACAACAAAGCGAGAGAGAUUCAGCCAACCACAGUCCUGUGUCUGGAGUUUUGGAAGGCAGCAUCACGGAUGAAGCUAGGAGCGAGGGCAGUAUGGAUAGUGGAAAAGGUGGCAGUAUUAAGGGGCAUAUUAAACACCCUGACCCUAUUAACUACGAGUUCCUUGUGCCCCAGUUCUUGGUUGGAAAGCUGAUCGGCAAGAGAGGAUGCGUUUUGCAGAGCAUCCGUAUCAAGGCAGAUGUGAACAUUUCCGUGAAACGUGAGAUGAUAGUGAAGAACAACAAGAUCUGCUCGAUCAAGGGUUCCCAGGAAGGAAUUGCCAUUGCCCUCGAGUUGAUCCGGGAGCUAUUCCCCAAGGAGAGGUACCCCAAUCUGACUCUGGAUCCAGUCUCUUACCUCAGGCUGCCUGAAGCUAUACCCUGGGUUCCUGAAUUAAUGCAUCUUUCGCUGGUCGAAGCUGUGAACAAUGAUGUGCUUGUUUGUAACAUCGUAAGGCCCAAUCGGCUCUUUGUUCAGCUGCCGACACAUCCCACGUAUCCUGCGCUUCGAAUGUUGGAUGAGAACAUGACAUUGUUGUAUAACAACACCGAUUCACCUCCAGUCCCUGACGAGCUUGUCAGAGGCAUGAUCGUUGCUGCCAAGUGGUACAACCAGUGGGUCAGGGUGUACAUCGAAAACCCUGAUCCAGCUGGGGAGAGGCACUUGGUUCGCUUUGUCGACCAUGGUGGUUACUGGACGUUCAGCAACUCGGACAUGAGGUCACUGAGAACGGAUUAUCUAACGUUACCGUUCCAAGCUAUUGAAGUUUUCCUCUCUAAUGUGAAACCAAGGAACGGGGAAUGGACCCAGGAGGCUUAUGAUUUAGUAGGCCAUAUAAGUUCGGGAAUUGUUGGGCAAGCACAAAUUGAGGGCUACGUUAAUGGAAAUGUUUACGUAAGCCUAUAUCUCAACAUCCAGAAGCAUGGGGUGAUAUCGGUAGCGGACGAAUUAAUAGCUCGUGGGCUCGCUGAUCCCAUUGCGUUGGAAGAUACGAUACCAGAAGAUGGAGUACCGAUAUCGUGUUAAAAGUCCUUAGUUUAAUUGCGUGUGCGCGACGAGUGAACAAGUGAACGAGUGAUUGCAAGUGUGUGAGCGGUUUAAUUACUUGUACGUUAGGCUCGACAGAUAGGAUCUCUGAACGAUACUAUUUUGUUUCUUUUGUUGAUGAUUCGGUGCAGAUGUUUUCGGAAUCGUUCGGUGCCCAGUCUGCGAGUGAACGACUCUUUCUGGUGUGUCCGGCUCUUUUUUUUUUUAUACUUUCGUACUUUUGUAAAGCCAACGAACUUGCUAAUGGUCCGGUUUCCCUUGUCAGAGUACUCUUUCUGUUAGUAAUUGUUAAAGCAAAAUAGGAGGGUUAUACAGACUGAACCCUUUCUAGGAUUUCAUGGUCUCUCAAAGUAGUGUUUGGUUAGAAGUAUGGACAUUGCAUUUUGGUCUUUACAUAAUUAGGCUACAUGUCAAAGUCAAUCGUGAAAUCGUGUGACUGAUCUGUCUCACAACAUACGCAUUACAAAUAGAAUAGAGACACGUCAGCAAUUUCCUUACCACCCUUUACACCAGAGGUGAAAGGUUUCCUAUCGUUUAUAUAUUUACAGAUUAUGUUGCUGUCUCGUGCCCAGGAACGCUCAUGUCAUUGUAUGUGAAUGCUGCAUGUUGAUCAUUAUACACAUAUUUUAAUCAAUUUCAUUCGUAAACAGUGCCCACACGUGUUUACCCAAACAAUCGUAUUACUUUAAAUGGUUUGAUUUAAUUUCCGAAGUUAUGAAUCUUUAUAAUCGAUGAAUUGAUUCUGCACACUGUCGCGUUAUUAUAUAGUAUUAUUGAUCAACUUUUUUUUUUUUUUCAUACCGAAAGGGAACGUAACUUUAAACUGCAUACGCAUGAUCUGUCAAGGUGGAACAUUUUAUUUCUUACUGUUUUUGUUCUCUUAAAUGAAUAUCAGACUUGUCUUCCACUCCAAACCUCCUCUGGCAGGAGAAAAAAAAAGAGUAUGUUUGAAUUCCUGUCAAAUUGGAAAGCAUGCGAGUGUCUAACUUGGUUUCCGGUACAUUGUACAUUGUCACUCAUUGUCGAUCACCCAUUGUAGUCAAGUGGAUAAAUCUGGUGCAUAAAUCCUUUCUGAACCUUCCUGGUAAAACAGUCAAAUCGUUUUUAUAAAUAUUAGGAAAAUACUGGUAUAUACAUGGAUGUCACAUAACCUAACGUACACAUAACCUUAUACAGUGGAAGAAAGGAAACUUGUAUAGAUUUGGGGAAAUCUUUUUAAUACAUCCGUUCAGCGUCCGUUCAGUGUCUUUAACCACUUUUAUCAGGGAAAUACUACACGAUCACCCAGAUCCAAACAAAUAGUCAUCGCUAACCAAUCUUGACACUUAACUUUUAACAAAUUAUUUAGGAACUAUUUCUAGAUAAAACUAAUUUUUUUUUUACAACCUCCUUUGACAGAAGGAACGAAAGCUUUCGUAGGCUUGCUUCUUAGAGAGCACAAUCAGAGCUAAUGGAGAAAUAGAAUUAUCGAAAGAUGCAUCCGAAUCUCACUCGAUGCAAAGAAUGAAAUUUUUGCUUGCUUUACACACUCCUACAGUUUGCAUAAUUUGGCUUCUCUCAUUGCUUUCUCCUGUAAUGGAAUGGAUUUCUUUUGGACUUGUCCAGAAUUUAGGAAGUCAAUGGUCAGGAAGGUAACGCCUUGAGAAAUUGUUCGGAAGUAGAAGCUACGACUGACGUUAACAUCAGAGUGUGGUUUAUUUUAGCAAGAAAGAGAAACUCGGGGAAUACUAGGCACUGCCAGAACAUUGAUAAAGAAGAGAUAUUUAGGGGGUGUUGAUUAGGAAUCGCUACGCAACAAGCUUGUUCCGAUGGUGUACCUCCUCCUUGUACAUAGUGUAACAUUAAAUUCCUCCCUCAUCGAUUGAUAUUUAUGACGUACCUCCAGCUAGUAAUUAUGGAUAGAAGUUUAGAUAGUUACGAAUUAGGAUGACGAGAGCGUCCAUGUAUGUAUACAUAUGCAUAUAUCUCUGUGCAUAUAUACGCUCGCCUGUGUAGAAUAUUUAUAACGUUCACUUAACAUAAAAACCGACGAAGGGUACUGGCGGAUCGGGAAAUUCGCUUCCUCGCGGUUGUCGUUCUUUCUUAUUUUUUUUUUCUUUUCUUUUCUUUUCUCUCCGGUACACGUGUCUCCCUGUAUAGAACUCUUUAUUAUAAUUUCCAUUUAAAGAGAAGUAAAUGUUAAUAAUAAAAAUAACGAUUGGCAGAUGCGAGGGCCACUUUUCGUCCACUCUUUGCUCGCGAUUGCACGCUCUGGUUUAUUUUCCCAUUUUUCUUCUUUUUCACUUUUGGUCCCUCCUCUGUAUUGUUUCUCGAUAUAACGUUUUUCCGUUGUUAUUUGCUGUGAUAUAAAACCACAGUCCCUCGAUUAAUUAUCUCCACUUUCCGGGCCCAGACAGCUUCGCUUCCUUCGAGCCUUCCAUUUUACCUCGACGCUUGGAGAGUUUAGUUAAUUGGUUAAUUAAUUGUCCUCUUCCCGUGGCCUGAUUAAUUGCGAGUUAAAUACAUCGCAAAGUGGCGCAACUUCCUAUCCCGUGUGAUUAAAAAUGAUACCAAUCCACAGAAUGCCUCGGACAUUGAUUAAUUAUUUUAUUAACUAGUCGGAGGGACAAAGACCCUUUUCGUUCCGUUCAAUUCUGGCAAUUCUUCGGCUCCUCUCGGACAUACGAUUAAUUGUUUAAAAACUAAAGGAACUUUUUCUUUUCUUUUUCUUUCUUUUUUUUUUUUUUUCUUUCUUGAAGUCUGCUCAGAGGUUGAGCCUCUCUAGGAGCGUUUUGAUUUUCGAUGUGGAGGCCUCGCGAAGUGGAUAUCAGGCGAAAAUGGAAAAUUAGGGGAAAACAAAAAAAAUGGAAUAAAGUCGGGAUAGAGAGGGACUCCGAAAGCAUUAGCUUGAGCUUUUGAUUGUCGUCUCGGUAAUUGAUAAUCAAUAGUUGGACACGGUCAGAGAUAUUUUUCUAGGUAAUUCCUUAAGGGUUGUGCCAGCCUGGAGAAAAGCGCUGUUAUUAAUAUAAUAUGUUAUAAAUGUUAAGUCCGCCUUCGUCGAGGAGGAGGAGAGUGAGGUCGACUUGAAUUUUUAACGCUAUUCAGGAUCCUUCUUUUUAGUCUUAUUCUGGUAUAUACGUACGAUUAUAUAUGUACAUGUGUAGCGCCGAUUAGAGAGGGAUGGAGAAAGCGAAUGUAUGCGCGUCCCAGAGAGAAAGAGAGAGAUAUGGUGAGAGGUAAAGGAAAAAAGACGGCUCUGCUUCGCAAAUAUUCAUUUCUUUUUCGCGCGCGCAUUUCUGUGUGUACAUAUAAUACAUAAUCAUAUACUUAUAUAUAUAUAUAUCGAGGUUAAGUGUUAUUGGUUUUGUUAUCUCCCUCUCCUGUUUUUUUUUUCUUUCUUUCUUUCCUUCAAUUAAUCUCAGUUAUUUCUCUCUCCAUUUUUCGUUCAUCGAUAGAGGAAGGGAAGAGCCGCUUCUUUUUUUCUUUUCCUUUUCUUGUGUAUAUAGAGAUAUAUACAUGUAUAGGUAAGCUCGAUGUAUAACCGUAUAUUUUGCGUUUUCAUUAAAUUUGCCACCGAUUCAGCGA